AUUAUAAACAUGGCAGCUGCCAGUGCUAGUUUUGAGGAUUGGUUGGCAGAGAAAUUGACGUCUUUGAAUCCAGAAGUUGAUACUGAAGUUUUCGUGACCUAUAUCAUUGGUAUCCUAGAAACAGAGACUGAUGCAGAAGAUACCCGAGAAUCCGUCAUGGAUAUUUUGGGAGAAGUUCUGGAGAGUGACAGGGAAAAAGUAUGUGAUGAAGUAAUACAGAGGUGGAAUCUGAAACACAGCAAACCAGCACAACCGGAAACAGAUACCAGUACACUAGCCACACAGUUGUCAGAAAUCCUCGAGAAGCAGACAAUUGAAACCGUAAAACCCAAAGAGAAGAGUGCUGAAGAAAUAGCACGAAAGGAAGCCAUCUUGGCUCAGUAUGCUGCUGUUUCAGGUGGAGAAACAGAUGAGGAGGCGGAGGAUCCCGGGGGGCAAGAGGCAGGCGGGGCAUUAGCGAAAAAUGACAAUGCUGAAGCGGUGCAGAGGGCUGUGCAAGAACAGAGAGAGAAGUCCAAGCAGGACUAUCAGAAGAAGAAGGAGAAGGAGAAACAAGACCGUGAGGUACAAAAACAGAAAGAGAAGGACAGAAAAGAGACGGAGAAGAAACGGACACAGAAAGGAGAGAGGCGAAGAUAACGACAGAUUCCACUAGGAUGUUUAGUGAUUCAUGUAUUUCUAUUCAUAAUAAUGUAUAAUUUAGAGAUGAAAUUUUUUAAAAUUUUAAGUUACGGUAUACUUCUCUUGUGCGAUAAUGACUUUUUUAUAGACAAAAAAUGAGUGAGACAACUAGAGUGGGUUUCAUUGCUUUUUAAUCUAAUAUCACAAAUAUGUUGAUAUUUAACAAAAUUAGACAGUUUUUAUACAACAUAUUAUUGAUGUAUAGGUCUCACAAUGGACAGAUAUGAGUAGGAUUGUAUAUGUUGCUGAUUUUGGAAAACACUUGCAUUUGACCGUGACCUUCAGAAUGAAAUUAUAAAAAUGCCUUUCAACUGCUGUGUCACAGUGCCCAUUCAAUUUGAUGAGAGGAUUAUAUUUUUCAAGAAUUCUUUUCUUUCCCACGUUUGCCUCUGACUUUUUACCUAUUACUGAAUCAGUACACUAUUGCUGUGUUAUACGGAAUUGCUGUAUAAUUUGGACACUUGGAUUGUUGAUUGGGUAUGUCUUUUGACAAUAAAGAAGAAAUUGUAUGUAGUGGGCUGAUUCUUGAUGUUACACGUACUUUAAUUAUCUGAUCAACUGUUAUGGUUUAAGUUAAUUUUUCACUCAUCAGAACCCUAUUUUUUGUCUUCAUUAAAUAUUGCAAUCUGUA